GUCGCACCUUUCCCCGUCGAUCAACCUCCGUUAAAAAAAGUUUAUUUGUUUAAGUUGUUAAAUGGUGGCAUUAUGGGAAAUUAUUUUAUUUUAAUAACUCGGUAGGAUUUUGCCUUUUAAAAUGACUAUUAAACUAUCAUAACUAAUGAAAUUUGAUUCAGGACCUGCAUGUCCCCGAGAAAAACAGAGAAACACGGUGCACCGGGACAGCAGACCGGUCUCCUAUUCAGAAACCCUCUGGUGACAUUUUCAGUGCGGGGUAAGAAGGAGACAGUUUUAUUUUAGGUGCUGAGGUGCAGAGCUGCCAUGAUGAAAAGCGUCAGGGUCGUGGUUGUUGGAGCCGGUGUGAUUGGAUUCUCCACUGCUGUGUGCAUUUCUGAGGCUCUACCUUUCUGCGCUGUUACUUUGAUGGCUGACAAGUUCAGCCCGGACACAACUAGUGACGGAGCUGCUGGGAUUUUGUUUGCUGCACAAUUUCCAGAUAUUCCCUUGCAAAGACAAAGACGCUGGUUCAAGGACAGCUUUGAUCACCUGUUGGCCAUUGCUCAGUCUCAAUGUGCACCAGAAGCUGGAGUAAUGCUGAGCUCUGGCUGGCAGAUUUUUAAAGAGAUUCCAGCAGUUGAAACACCAUUCUGGUCAGAGUUUGUGAUCGGCUUUCGACCCAUGACUGAUGUUGAACUGAAACGCUUCCCAGAUCACAAGUUUGGUCAGGCUUUCACCACCUUAAAAUGCGAAUGCUCCACCUACCUGCUAUGGCUCGAGAAGAGGUUCAGAAAAGCUGGAGGUCAAGUGGAACAGAGGAAAGUCAACAGUCUUCAAGAAUUGAGUAACAGCUUUGAUAUCAUUGUCAACUGCUCCGGUCUUGGCUCCAAAAUAUUGGUGGGAGACACACAAGUGUACCCAGUCAGAGGCCAGGUCCUCAAAGUGGAGGCCCCCUGGGUGCAGCACUUCAUUAGAGAUGGAGAUGGGAAGACAUACAUCUACCCCGGCAUACGCAGCGUCACUAUAGGCGGGACGAGGCAAGAGGGAGACUGGCGACUGCAGGUGGAUGGCGGUGACACUAAAGGCAUCCUGGAGCGCUGCAGCAGGUUGGAGCCGUCACUCAACAAAGCCAAAAUUCUUAGCGAGUGGGUCGGCCUGAGGCCCAGCAGGAAGAACCCAAGGGUGGAGAGGGAAGUGGUGCAGCUGCAGGGCCGGCCGGUGCCUGUGGUCCACAACUACGGCCACGGGGGCUGGGGAGUUACCCUCGCCUGGGGUACUGCUCUGGACACACUGGGGCUGGUCAAACAGUCCCUUCAUGAAAUGGCUUCACAGGCUAAACUGUGAACACAUUGUAAAUCUCACUUCUACUCAGGGCUACUAACACAACCUUUUAUAAAAGGACAAAGCUAAGUACAGACAGAACACUUAGUAGAUUUAGAGUAGAUUUUAAAUAAAAUAAAAAGAGUAUAUAUAAGAAACAUGAUUUAUGGAAAUAUAAUUAUUUAAUAAUUUAACUAAUCAGGGUUUUCAGGAUAUAUAUACCCCUCAUUACAUUUUUCUGUAACAGUACUGUAAAAACAACAGAUUUACUUAAGAAAAAAAGGAUUUACUGCUGUUAGUUUUAAAUAUUCUUUUUAUACUUAUAAUACAUAAGAACAUUUUCUGUAUCACUACUUCAAUGGAGAUAAUGUCCUUGCAUUGUCUGGAAACAUUAAUUUUGUUAUCAUAAAAACUGAUUGGCUGUUAAUAACUUUAGGUUCUUUUCACAGCAGAUGUUUUGAUUGGGGUGUUCCUAAUAAAAUGAAAAAGGCCUCUGGUCCAGCAACA